AUGGGAUUGCUACUUUUAUGUAUUAUAAUUUUACUUUUGAAUAUACUUGAUUUUUCAUCAGGAAUAAUAUAUAAUAAAGGUGAUAUGGAGAAACACUUUACAUGUGAUAACCAAGGGUUCCCCCAAAAGAAAGAAAUAAUCAAGUUGUAUCUUUCCUCAGAUGACUUGAAAAUCGAGUGCUCUUUCCAAUCUGAAAGUGAGCUUACUUCAAAGGAAUUUCUAGGUGUGUUCACAUCAGGAGGACUUGCUCCGAGUUUGGGAAUUAUAAAUAGUACAUAUACAGGCAUCUUCCACUUCAAUUUAACUUUGUUCAGUGAUCGAGCUUACUGGUUGAUCAAUAUUCCCAGAGAAAACAUUACAAAAAAUACAGAUAUUGCAGCUGUCGAAGAAUGGUUAGUAAGGAUCACUUUACAACAUGGAUUAAAUAUUUAUACGACUGAAGGAACACUAUUGGAUAAUGUCCGAGAACCUAUUCUUCAGUGGGAUCUUGGGGCUGUACUGACAAAAAAAGAUAUCGCCGAAGUCUAUCCACAUGUGGUAGAUCUCAAAGUGGCCAAGUGUCCUUGUGCCAAUGAUGUAGCGUUACUUGGCUUCAUUUUGAAUACAACAUAUAAUGGCAUUUACAUAGGCCUCAGUUCUUCCGGGUUUUGGGAUUACGACGAUAUCUUGUGGUUUAACUUGACAGAUACGAUCUAUUCCCAAAUUGGAGAAGAACACAGAGAACUUUCAGUGGUGGAUAUGGUUUUAACAAAUCACUUUUUAGUUAUCCUCACCUCUCUGGGUUGUUUUGUAAGUGGAGAUCUCCGUUAUCCAUCAUCCUCUGUCUUACCGUUUUCCAGAGCAGACUUUUGUGGUUUCGAAAGGGUUGACUAUAUCAAAGGAAAAUUGUGGUAUAAUGAAAGAUGUUUUGCUAACAGAGAACACUUUGAAGUUGAUUAUGUUACUAUCACCUUUGAAAGAAACAGAACUCUAAGUGAGUCAAACUCUUGUUUUUAUGCCAACGAACCAUUUAAUGAGUGGUUACCUUGCUUACCUCAUAUUUUGAAAGGAAUGAAAUCCUUACCUUCAACUGUGUUAACAUUUCUUGUUGACCAAGAGCAUAGUGCUGGGAUCUACCUCUUCUCCAGCCAGGUAGGUCAUUAGAAAAGCACGAAUGCUUGUGUUAGCAUCCUGAGAAAUAACAAACCAGGAUUAAGAACAAAAUUUCCACAAUUCGUAUUUCCUUCAUCAUUCUCUUCUCCUGUUGGAAUGGUAUUCCAUCCACGAAGCCAUUUUCUGUAUGCUUAUGGUAAUCAGGUGUGGCUUUCAAUCGACGGCGGCAACACUUUCGAAUUAUUAGCUGAUUUUCAUGAUGAUAUCAUAAAGAAUACUUACCAUAGUUUUUAUACUUCAGAUAUUACUUUUGUCUCCCAAAGUGGAAAUGUCUACUUGACCAAGGCAGGAUUAAGAAGAUAUGGUAAAAUUGGAUCUAUUUCUGAUAAGAUUUUCACAUUAUACUACGACCACAUGGGCUUUAUACAUAAACUAACUCCAGACCAUUUUGAAGCUGAUAUGUCACUUAGAACCUCUGGGAAUCCUAAAAGUAUUUUUGGACAGGCUCCUGAUAUGGGCUUCGAAACUGCCCUAGCGCCUCAGUACAUCGCCUUAAAAGAAAUUAUCUUUUAUGCGUACGUGCCUGCAAAUGAACCUGAGGGAACCAUAUACACCAAGAAAUUCAACAACAUGCACUUGGGAAAAGUGAUACACUCCAGGAAAACUGGAACAGCUUACAUAAGAAAAGUAUUACAUCAUAACACUUCUCAAGGAUUUUUGUCCUCUGUUAUUGCGGAAGUGAUAGACCCUUUUGGAAUAGAAGAAGUGAAUGAAAGCACUUGUUUGUCUAGUUCCCUUACCAUUAGUCAAGUUGGAAUUGACUCCUAUAAGCUUACUCUUCAACCACAAAGUACUAAUGCCUCAUUUCAAGACCUGGAUGAAGAGAAGACUGUGGUGAUUCCUGGUCAUAGCAGCUUCCUGAUAACAAGCAUUUUAGAUGAUAAGAAUGCUUUAGCCAUUGCUACCAUGCCUGACAGAAUACUCAACAAUAUGAUAAUCCCAAAAGACUCCUGGUUCUUACACAACUUCGGGCACAGAAAUGGACGAAUGUGGUCUAUAUAUGCAAAACCAUGCAAUUAUUGGUUUCAACAGGAUCAUUCCCUAUUCCUCAAUGUCCUGAAAUACAUUGAUCUGGGGAAAUCUUACACUUUCAAAGUUAAGGUUAUACCUAAUACAGAAGGUGUUCGAACACUGAAAAUACCACCACUGAACGUCAUUGUUGGAAAUGCAAAUCUGCUGGAAGUUAAAAGUGAAGGCUCUUUUGAUGAUAGUGAGAGUUACAUAAUGAAAAUUUCUGCAGCUAGCAAAGCUUUGCGUCAAGGUUCAACGUCAUUGGCAUUAGUUGUCUGGGGGGCAUCCAUUGAGUGUUUAGUCACCACAGUCGUGCCAAUGAUGAAAAACAGCUGUAGUUAUCUCAAAUCUAUGCAUCACAUCCCUAGUAAACUUAUCCCACUGGAAGACUGGAUUAGUGGUGUUCAUAAAGACAGUCAAGGUUUCAACAUGAUCAAAACUUUGCCGAUAAAUUACAGACCCCCAUCUAAUAUGGGAAUUGCCAUACCACUCACAGACAAUUUUUACCAUGCAGAUCCCAGCAAACCGAUACCAAGAAAUCUAUUUCCUACGUCAAAGAGAUCUGGUAAAUUCAAACAGUGCGCUAACAUGUCUACUCGGGAGGAGUGUAAUUGCACAAAUGAUCAGAAGUUUUCACAUGCUGUUGCUUUCUCAGAUUGCAGAGAAAAGGUUCCUCGUUUUAAGUUUCCAGUUACACAAUAUCCAAUUUCUUUGGAAAUUUACAGUGAGGAUGGACAUAUCCCAGUGGAAACUCCAUAUCUGGUUACUGUGACUGAAGUGAAUAGCAGAGAAAACUGGAAACUAAAACACAGUGUACCAGCAAACGUGAAGAAGUUGAAAAAUUACUUAGAACACCGUCUUAAUGCUCCAGUAUAUAAUCCUUUAGGCCUCAACUUAAGUAUAAAGGGCUCUGAGCUUUUUCACUUCAGAGUGUCCGUAGUUCCGGGAGUCACUUUUUGUAACUUAGUUGAAGAAUUUCAGAUUUAUGUUGACGAAGUUCCAUUGCCAUUUCCAGGACACACACUGAUAGCUGUUGCAGCGGCUGUGGUGCUGGGGGGACUAAUUUUUACAGCAUUUAUGUUCCAGAUACGUAACAUCCACCCAAGUGGUAUAUGCCAAAAAUUUAUGGCAAGGAACAAAGUGAACGUAUCAAAUUUGAGCAUCAAUCAGGUGGCUCAUAGGUGAAAAUCUGAAUAG